AUGAGCUCGAUCCCCGAGUCGGCGGAUAUUUACGAUUACAUUAUCUGUGGAGGCGGCACUGCAGGAUGUGUUGUUGCUGGUCGCCUUGCUGAAAACCCUGAUGUCAAGGUGCUGGUGAUCGAGGCUGGUCAACAUAAUAAAGAUCUGGAGAAUGUGCACAUGACGGGAGGAUGGUCGAAUAACUUCGACUCGGAAACCGACUGGAACGUAAUCACGACGCCUAUGAAAGGAGUCGAUAACCGACAGGUAAAACUAAGCCGAGGUCGUUUUCUGGGAGGCUGCAGUGGAUGCAACGGCACACUGUGUGUUCGAGGUAGCAAGCAGGACUACGAUGAUUGGGAGCUGGAAGGUUGGAGUGGGGAGGAAUUCUUUGCCGCGAUGAGAAAGUCGGAGACGUUCCAUCCCAAAGACUGGUUCGAGGCCGAUCCUAAGAGCCAUGGAUACGAUGGCCCUCUCCAUACAGAACCUCACGAUCUUGCCCCCAUCUCGAACCUCCUCAUCGACUCUCUUGUCUCCCAAGGCAUUCCUCUACACCAUGAUAUGUUCAGCACUGGUGACAUUCCCCACGGAUGCGGACAUGCACCCCGUACCGUUCAUAAAGGUAUCCGUACUACUUCAGCGGAUUUUAUCACUAACGACUACCACCGUUCCAAUAUCACCAUCCAAACCGAUACUACAGUCGACCACAUCGUCUUAGAGGAGGGGUCAGAUGGGCUGCGGGCUACAGGUGCCGUGACAAGAUUGGCCGAUGGAACUGCGCGCGCUUUCCAUGCGAGAAAGGAGGUUGUUAUUUCCAGCGGCGCUUACUGCAGCCCCGCAGUUCUCAUGCGAUCUGGAAUCGGAGCACGGGAGGAGUUGGAAAAAUUUGAUAUUCCCUGCAAAGUCGACCUUCCCGGUGUGGGCAAAAACCUCAUGGACCACCUGAUCGUAUUCAUGUUCUACGAAACUGAAAAAGAAGGCCUAACGACCGACUGGCACGUCUACCACGACGACAACAUGGAGAAGACAUACAUGCAAUGGAAAGAGCACAAGGCCGGCUUCCUCUCAACCUUCCCCUUCGGCGUAUUCGCAUUCGCCCGUAUAGACGAGCGCCUCAAAGACGAACCACUGUGGCGAGAUGCCCCCCGUGAACCCGGACGUGACCCAAUGGGCCUGACACCCAAGCAACCUAACAUCGAGUUCUUCACUACAGAGUGCUACGGCGGUCCCAAGCAGUACAACCAAUUCCCUGUGGAUCACAAACACGCCUUCUCGAUGAUCGCAGAACUUUUUGCCCCGAAAUCCCGUGGUACCGUUACCUUGAAAUCCAAGGAUCCCCUAGAAAAUCCCGUUGUCGACUGCAACUAUUUGGCCGAUCCAAUGGAUCUCCUGGUUCUAACCGAGGCAUGCCGCUUCGGCAACGAGAUUGUUAUGGACGGUGCCGGAACUAAGGACAUCGUCAAGGGAUCGUGGCCUUCCAACCUGACUCACCAUACCUAUAGGACUCGCGAGGAGUGGGUUCCAUAUGUCAAGGAACAUGCUACAACAUGUUAUCACGCCUCAGGAACUUGCGCCAUGGGCAGGGAUGAUAACCCCCAUGCUGUCCUAGAUAAUAAGCUAAGGGUCAAGGGAGUGGCUGGACUACGCGUUGCGGAUUGCAGUGUGAUGCCGACCUUGCACGGUGGUCAUACCCAAAUGCCAGCAUAUGGAAUUGGAGAGCGAUGCGCUGAUUUCAUUAAGGAGACUUGGUAG